AUGUAUUUCGUGGUUGGUGCGGCGGUCAUCAUUGGUUUCUCCCUGAUAACGAUUUGUGUAUCUUACCUGUCCAUCAGGAAAAUAAUUAACAACAGAACUCCCGCUAUCGACAAAGCAGAAAGCAGAAUAAGUGCUGACACAAAAUACAAAACUCUCCAAGACUCUUUUUAUCGUGAUAGGAGCAUAUGUUGCUUUAUGGGUUCCCAGCGUUACAUGGUACAACAUCAGUGUAUGGUAUCCCAGCCUGUUUCCUUAUUUUGUGACUCACAUUUUCACAAUGCUACACAUCACCAAUUCCCUUGUCAAUCCAAUUAUUUAUAGUUUAAGAAUACCAGUAUUCAAAAAAACCAUACAACAAGUGAGAAAUAAGCUUAAAGUUGUCAAGCGAUCAAAGAGUUAUACAGUUAGUUAAAAUGUUCGACACGUUUUAAAAGGGAGCUUUUACGCCUCAACAACCUGUAUUCUAGUUGAUCAAGUCAGUAAAAAAUCUUCUAAUCUUCAAUUUCAUGCAAAUUUAGAAAAAUGUUCUGAUGAUUUGCAGCAAGUUUAUAUUGGUAUGAAACACGACAUAAUUUGUCGAAUUCGAGCUGAAUUUAAGCGCCAGCCCGAAUCACAAUACGGUAUUUCCAACAAAACACUCAGAAAAUGUGUCCUGUGCGGCUACUCUCUAAGCCUUUAAAAUCUAUUGUUUAGAAUGUGCUGCAGGUUCCUCGAAAGAUAUACCGAAUGUUCAAAGACAUCAUGAAAGCAAAUAUACGUUAAUAAAUAUUCGAUAACUCACCCCACUGCACUGUACAUCAAAAAUCACUUACUAUAGGUUCAAAUUGACGAAUAUUACUAUCCACAGCAUCGUGAAUUAUAGGAAUAGUCAAACAAAACAAACUGUUAUUGCAGCACUAUGGAUGUCCUCCCUCGAUCCGGUAUAUUAUCACAGCAAUCAUAUUCGCUGCAAAUUCUCUCCAUGCAAUAUAAAGUUGUGUUAAGAAAACUAAAAUGACCUUACUACCAUUGGUACUUUGGCGACCGUAAUUUAAUAUCUACAGACAAUCUACUGUCUUUCGUUCAAUACGCAACCAUAGGGUUAGUUUAAUUUUGUACUUUUCAUUAAAAUUCUAUUUUCAACUGAUUGCUUUAUCUGUGAGAUAAUUAAAUAUCGGCCUUGGGAGGCAAAGAGCUCUAUUUUUUAACUUCCCUUUGGCUGGUCAGGUGCGUUGUCGAUAUAAAAACAUAAGACAUGUAACACAACAACUACUCCGCAUUAAGUUAACUACAGAACGCAAACGUCUUGAAACUCACAAGGGCCUAGCGUUUAUAAAGAUACUUGUGCUCAUAACGGUGUGUAAGGCAAGCUGGAAUGUUUUAACCUCUAUACCGUCUACCACAAAAAUCUUAUAAAACAUUAUCUUUGUCAUUAUGUCUGAUGUGACUCCGAUUUCGAUAGUGGUCAUUCUUCUUGUCCUGUCUGUUUUCAUCAUAAUCGCUAAUACUUUUACUGUAUUUGUUUUCUGGAUUCAUCGCCACAAACUAAAGCGAACAUUCCUUAUUGUUUUUAACUUGACUGUUGCUUACCUUUUUGUGGGACUUGUAGAAACAGUCAUCGCCGGACGUAAACUGAAUGGCAGUAAGUUUAUGGAGAGAAUUCCAGGAUCCUUUCUAGCAAUGGCUUCUGGUGCAUCUGUAUUUUUUCUUGUACUCGUUUCACUGGAGAGAGCCUUCACCUUGAUUUGGCCGCUUCGACAUCGAGUAACAAGCACCAAGGUUUAUAUCUACAGCGUGGCUAUUAUAUGGUUAGAUGGAUUGAGUCUAGGUGUACUUAAUUUCUUAACCACGAAUGGUAUCAUAGACUUUCGACAUUAUUUAUUCGCCUACUCUAUCAUCAUUUUUUUCUCUUUAUUUGUAAUUUGCUCGUCGUAUCUAUUAAUCCGUAAAAGACUUUACAACAGAAAUCCUGCUAUCGAUGAAGCAGACUGUAGAAAGCGUGUGGAACAAAACGCAAAAUUCUCCAAGACUCUCUUUAUUGUGAUAGGCGCAUCUGUUACUUUGUGGGCUCCAAGCAUGACAUUGUACAACAUCAACAACUUGUGGCUCGGUUUGCUUCCUGGGUUUAUAAAUUACCUUACCAAUUUCCUACAUGUUUCAAAUUCUCUCGUGAACCCAAUAAUUUACAGCUUUAGAAUAGCAGUGUUCAAGAAGACUUUAAAGCAACUCGCAAAUAAGUUGAGGAUUUGCAGGCCAUCAAAAAGUUACACGAUUAGGGAGAAAAUCUAA